UCAUUCGUAUCGAGCGACUGCUGCUGUCAACAGAUUUAAAAACAAGAGCGUCACUUUGAAAAUAUUCCUGACAUUAAUGUCCUCUUUCGAAGAACUGCGUUAUUGCCAAUAAGUUGUUUAUGUGGCUUACACCAAACUGGCAUUGUUAUCAUGAGUGUGAAGGGCUGAUGACGCCGCUGUGGUAUGAAAUGAAAGGGGAAGUGAAACUUAUGGCAGCAGGUUCGGACAUUAACUAAAAAGAGCGAAGAUAAAAACAGAAAGCAACGUUUAAAGUUGCUUCACAAGUCAAGUAACAGUUACCCUGCUCAGCACCAUGACGUCAACAGACACCCUGUACUUCAUCAUAACAAGAAAACCUGAACACCCAGGACACAUCAAUGCUGGCCGCAUAUGCUACAUCAGUGAAUACAGGCACACUUUAGAGCUCAAAAGAUCUCCUUCGCCCACAAAGUUGCCUGUCUUCCUCAUUGACUCCAAGUCAGCAAUAGAUUAUAACCUAGAGGUGAGUAGUAUGGAACCUCUGAGUGUAGAGGAAGCCGAGCUGUUGCAGGCCCUGUCUGAGGACGCAGAGAGACUGAAGUGGUUCAGAGAAAGAAAUGCUCUUAAAACAGCAAUGGGACUCACUGUAGGUACUGCAGUGACUGUGGACGAAGGAGGAGAGAAGCUUAGAGGCAUCAUUCGCUACAUCGGACAACUUACACCAUCAUAUUUCUUUCCUAUAUCAGGAAGAUUCUUUGGCAUUGAACUGCAGGGAGAAGACAGGAGGAGGGGGAAAUGUGAUGGGACCUACCAGUUUAUAACCUACUUCUCUUGUGCUAAAGAUUGUGGCAUUUUUGCCCCAUUCUCCAGAAUCAGGCCUCUAGUUCCCAGCUCCUUGUCCCCCUCUGUCCCCAACAGCUCCUCACAGCCAGAAACAGAAGAGCUGACCACAGGAGAUAGAGUCACUUACUUCAUCAGUAAUGAAUGCCGGCAUGGAAUGGUCGUUUGUGUGCAGGAAAAGGAUGGAGAACAAAUUGUUCGGAUCUCCACGGACACAGAUGAGAAUGGAAAGAGAGGGGGUGAAGUUGAUGUUCCACUAGAGCUCGUUGCUAAGGGGGAGGUGCCUGCAGAGCCAGAGAGCAUGGAUGUUGAUACACCCCCAGUGGAACCAGAUACUGAUGAUCUGUACAUGGAUCUGACUGUGAACUCUGUGGUGGAGGUGACCUUGGCUACGGGCAAUUCAUAUGGUAUCAUCCGCUGGAUCGGCUUUCUGCCUGGUGGAAAGGAAACCAUGGCUGGACUAGAGCUGGAGGAAGACAAUGGAGUGAGUAAUGGCACCUUCAAAGGUGAGCGUUUCUUCGAUUGUCCCCCCAAGAGAGCACUGUUCGUGAAGCUGAGGUCCUGCCGUCCAGACUCACGAUUUCAGAGCACAUCAGCCAAUCACAGUGAGAGGAUGCUAAAACAGGAAGAUGCAGAGGACGAGACGGAUUGCAUUACAGGGAAGCUGGAGACUGUCCCUCCUAUCAGCACAGAGCAAGUGAACCAGAUGUUGAUUGGACGAAUGAAGGGGAUCCAAGGCCACUGCAACUCCUGCUAUAUGGACGCUGCCCUUUUCAGCUUGUUUUCCUGCUCCUCUGUGUUGGACUCCAUGCUGUUUAAAUCAACACAACCUCAAGAUGCCCCAAUUCAAAGAACACUGCUCCAUAACAUUGUUAAUCCCCUCCGCAGUAAGGGCUAUGUGGAAGGGCGGCACAUCAUGAAGCUCCGACAGCAGCUAGAGAAACACGGCUACAGUCACUCCUUCACCACAGAUGAGAAGGAUCCAGAGGAGUUCCUUACUGUCAUCAUGCACCAUAUUCUUGCACUGGAUCCUCUACUCAAACUCUCAGCAGACGGUAAAGUGCAGGAGAGUUACUGCUACCAGAUCUUCUUGGACCAGAACCACAGCCUGGUGCUGCCGACAGUCCAGCAGCUGCUGGAACAUUCCUUUCACACUGCAGGACUCAAGCUGGCAGAGGUGCCAUCCUGCCUCAUCCUUCAGAUGCCUCGCUUUGGGAAGAAAUUCAAGAUGUUUGACAAGAUCAUUCCAUCUCUGGAGCUGGACAUCACUGACCUCCUCUCUGAAGGUCCUCAGCAGUGCAUGCUGUGUGGAAACCUGGCCCAGUUAGAGUGCACUGACUGUUUUACAGAUCCCCUCUUCAGCCAGACGGGAUUUAAAAUCUUCUGUGGGAAGUGUUCAUCUCAGGUGCACUCUCACCCUCAACGCCAGUCCCAUCGACCAGCUGCUCUGGACAUCCCAAAGGGUUACUUGGGUCACGGCACACAUGCUCUGAUCAGAGACAAGCUGGAGCUGUUCGCUGUGCUCUGCAUCGAGACGAGCCACUACGUGUCCUUCAUUAAGUACGGACCCAACAGCCAAGACUGGAUCUUCUUUGACAGCAUGGCAGACAGAGAAGGGGAGACAGACGGCUUCAACAUCCCAGAGGUUCACGCCUGCCCUGAGGUCGGCAAGUACCUGGAAAUGUCUCCCGCGGAGCUGGCCAAUCAGGUGCCUCGAGAAAUGAAAGGUGUGGCCAAACGUCUCUUUUGUGAUGCCUACAUGUACCUGUACCAGAGCACCAGCAUGUGUCUCUAUCGCUGAGCAGUUUACUCAUUGCACAGAAUGUCAAUAUGAAAAUCAUAUUGUCGCCUUUGCUGUUUGUGUAAUUUCCUUUGUGGAUUGGUUUGUUAUUUUUGUAGGAAUGUGUGGAAGUACACACAUGAACAUUAAAAACGUGUAUAUAUCUAUAUUUCUAUAUAUAUAUAAUUUUCUGCCCUGGUGUCGGAAAAAAUGAUCAGGCUUGAAUAAUUUAAAACAAUGUUCUUCUACUACUGUAGAACUGUAUGAAGAAAAAGUAGAAAACUGACUUUGUGUUCAAUCAUUUUGCACUAUAAAGACAAAAAAUUGACAAUCAUUGGCAUGUGUUGGCAUAAAAAAAUGUUGCACUGAUGACUUCGAUUUUAUAGUUGAAUGCUUCCUCUUGGUUUUUGAUAAUUGUCAUGGAAAUUAUAUGCAAUCUUUAAACCAAGAGUGAAUAACAAAAAUUUACCAAAGGAGAGCACAGUAAUGAACUCAGUGUGGCCUGUUGUAAUAAAUGCUACUUAACAGUACUGCUGUAAAUACAGGUUAUUAAUUUGCUUAAUAAGCUAACCAUUGAACCAUACUGUUUUCUGGUUAAUUAGGGUUUAGGAUGGUGUUUGGACCAGUUCCUUUAUAUAUUUCAGGAAAAAUAUUUCAGAAUCUUUUGAAUGUUGAAUAUUGCUUUUUAUGAAAAUGCUUAUUUGUAUGUGUUAGCAUCUGAACUGAUGUGAUGUUUGGGAGAAAGCUGGGAAAACUGCACUUAAACAGCGGGGUCCUGGCUAAACUUGUGGCCUUUUCCAUUUAUGCUGUGCAUUUAUUGCAACUGGUUUUGAUUAUGAUUUCAUGAAUACAGUAAAUAAACAAAAGUAAUAAAACA